AUGGGCUCUAUUACCAGAAUAACGCGAGCUCUGCUCGGUGUCAUCGUGCUUCUUCGGCCGGUACUUGGAGUCCCGACGGCAGAUAUCCUCCCCCGAGCCGAUGCAACGACCUGCAACGGGCGAUCAGAGUACUGCUCACGGUCCUACUCGAAUAUCACAUUCGUGGGCUCUCACGAUUCUGCAUUCGUGGGAGAUCUGCCCCAGCAGAAUCAGAACAUCGACAUCACAGCGCAGUUGAAUAUGGGCAUCCGGUUCCUACAAGCGCAAACGCAUCACUCGCUGCUAGACGACAAAGUCUUGGAACUAUGCCAUACUUCGUGUCUGCUGGAGGACGCAGGGACUUUGAAGUCUUUUCUCGGUACUGUGAAGUCAUUCCUAGAUGCCAACGUGAACGAGGUUGUCACACUUCUGCUCACAAACGGCGAUUCUGUCGAUAUCACCGAGUUCGGGAGCACUUUCUCGAGCAGUGGGAUCGAUAGUUAUGCAUUUGUGCCAUCGUCCAAUCCAUUGCCGAUUGGCGACUGGCCAACCAUCGGUGAACUAAUCUCCAGUGGGAAAAGACUAGUCGUUUUUCUAGACUACGGCGCCGACACGAGCAAAGUAGACUACAUCCUCGACGAAUUCGCCUACUACUUCGAAACCGCUUACGACGUCACCGACUCGAGCUUCUCCAGCUGCAGCAUCGACAGACCAUCUGGGGCCUCCGCCUCCGGCCGUAUGUACAUUGUCAAUCACUUCCUCGACGUGGAUAUUCUAGGAGUGAAGAUCCCAGAUCGUGGGGCGGCAAGUACUACAAAUGCGGCGACGGGCAAGGGUAGUAUCGGUGCGCAGGCUGCAGAGUGCGAGGCACUGUAUAACAGGGCACCGAAUGCCGUGUUGCUGGACUUUGUGGAUAAAGGAAAUGUUAUGGAGGCUCAGAAUCAGUUGAAUGGGUUUUAA